AUGGGCCCGUUUGCAAACGGCGCCUCUGGCGGCCUGUCGAGUUUCGGCAACUCUGGCGGACUUUCAGGCUCCACGUUUGGGCUGGCUGGCGGCGGUGUUGGCCUAGGAGGCGGCGGUGGAGGAGGAGGAGGGAUUUAUGCGGCGGCGUCCGAGGCCGGGUCGUCUGGAGGCGGCGGUGGCGGCGGCGGCGGCGGUGGUGAGGAAGAGACUCAUGUGACGCGGGUGCGACUGGUCCAGUUUCAGAAGAACACGGACGAACCGAUGGGCAUUACUCUGAAGCUGGACGAGACUGGCCGGUGUAUAGUGGCGCGGAUAAUGCAUGGCGGCAUGAUACACCGGCAAGCAACGUUGCACGUGGGCGACGAGAUCCGAGAAAUCAAUGGCAUUUCAGUGGCUGGACAAAGCGUGGAAGCCCUGCAAAGAAUGCUGGGCAUUACUCUGAAGCUGGACGAGACUGGCCGGUGUAUAGUGGCGCGGAUAAUGCAUGGCGGCAUGAUACACCGGCAAGCAACGUUGCACGUGGGCGACGAGAUCCGAGAAAUCAAUGGCAUUUCAGUGGCUGGACAAAGCGUGGAAGCCCUGCAAAGAAUGCUGCGUGAUGCGAGAGGGUCAAUCACUUUCAAAAUCGUGCCGUCAUACCGGAGCGCACCGCCGCCAUGCGAGGGCAUUACUCUGAAGCUGGACGAGACUGGCCGGUGUAUAGUGGCGCGGAUAAUGCAUGGCGGCAUGAUACACCGGCAAGCAACGUUGCACGUGGGCGACGAGAUCCGAGAAAUCAAUGGCAUUUCAGUGGCUGGACAAAGCGUGGAAGCCCUGCAAAGAAUGCUGCGUGAUGCGAGAGGGUCAAUCACUUUCAAAAUCGUGCCGUCAUACCGGAGCGCACCGCCGCCAUGCGAGCUGUUCCGGAUCAGACCGGAGCCGGUUCUUAUCUUUGUGAGGGCGCAGUUUGACUACGACCCUUUGCAAGAUGAUAUCAUUCCAUGUGCUCAAGCGGGCAUUGCUUUCAAUACUGGAGAUAUUCUGCAGAUAAUCAGCAAAGAUGACCACAAUUGGUGGCAGGCGAAAAAAGAGAAUUGCUCCACAGCUGGACUCAUUCCGUCUCCCGAACUGCAAGAAUGGCGAACUGCGGCCACUGCCAUGGACAAGCACAAACAUGAACAAGAUACGACGAGGUCCCCGCGAAAGGACGAAGAGAACGGGAAGCAAUACUACUUUGUGUCGCAUGACGAAAUGAUGGCGGACAUUGCGGCCAACGAGUACUUGGAGUACGGGACCCACGAGGACGCCAUGUAUGGUACCAAGCUGGAGACCAUCCGGCGGAUCCACGCGGAAGGCAAAGUGGCCAUUUUGGACGUGGAACCACAGGCCCUGAAG